AAGCUUUCCACUGUGCUGCGACCUAAUAACAGCACGAAGAGGACGUUAUGAAAACAUUGACAGUGAGCAGUAUGGUCAUGCAGUGAUUGUUGUUUGCUAGUUUCUUUUAAAGAUAUGGGAUGACAUGACAACGUUACAUGAAGAAAGUUAGACGACGUGCUGCAGAGACAUUAAAGAGAGCCUUGACCUAAUGCUGGCAGUGGAGAACUGAGAGGAGUUUUUACAUUAUGGAGGCUAUAAUUGACUUCCUAAAUGUUUUCCACAUCAAGGCCAGUGGAUUGACGGUGACAUUUAGCCUCUGCAUCAUCUUCCUGGGUCUGCUUUACUGGUAUUCAAUUUACCCGUAUUCAGUCCUUUCUCGAUGUGGCAUCAAACACCCAAAGCCGAUGCCUUUCCUGGGCAACAUAUUCAUGUUUCGUCAGGGUUUUUUCAACCCUAUCAAUGAUCUGAUUAAGACGCAUGGCAGAGUUUGUGGGUAUUAUUUGGGCCGGAGAGCAGUGGUGGUGAUAGCGGACCCUGACAUGCUCAGACAGGUGAUGGUCAGGGAUUUCAGCAGCUUCCCAAACAGAAUGACUGUUCGCUUUGCAUCUAAGCCCAUGACAGACUGCCUGCUCAUGCUGAGGAAUGAACGCUGGAAGAGAGUGCGGAGCAUCCUGACCCCGUCGUUCAGCGCUGCCAAGAUGAAAGAGAUGGUUCCGCUCAUCAACACUGCCACCGAUGCUCUGAUGACGAACCUGAACACCUCCGCUGAGUCGGGAGAAGCCUUCGACAUCCACAGAUGUUUGGGCUGCUUCACCAUGGAUGUUAUUGCCAGUGUGGCAUUUGCAACUCAGGUGGACUCUCAGAACAACCCAGACGACCCGUUUGUCCGGCAUGCUCAGAUGUUCUUCUCCUUUUCUUUCUUCAGGCCCAUCAUGAUGUUCUUCAUUGCUUUCCCAUUCAUCAUGGGUCCUCUGGCCAGAUUCAUCCCAAACAAAAGACUUGACGAGAUGAAUCAUUUCUUCAUCAAUAGCAUCCAGAGGAUCAUCCAGCAGAGAGAGGAGCAGCCCCCUGAGCAGAGGCGUAGAGACUUCCUCCAGCUGAUGUUGGAUGCAAGAACCAGCAAGGACCAUGUGUCUUUGGAACACUUUGACACAGAAAAGCAUGCUGCAGAGCUGGAUCAGAGGAACCAGCCGUCGGCCUCUGAUCAGGACGACCGUCUUCCCCCACAGGACCCCCUCACUAUGCGUCCACAGAAAAAGAUGAUCACUGAGGAUGAGAUUGUGGGCCAGGCUUUCGUUUUUCUUCUGGCAGGCUACGAAACCAGCAGCAACACUCUGGCCUUUACCUGCUACCUCCUGGCCAUCAAUCCCGAAUGUCAACGCAAAGUUCAGGAAGAGGUGGACGAGUUCUACAACAGACAUGAGUCACCUAAUUACACAAAUGUCCAGGAGCUGAAGUAUUUAGACAUGGUGAUCAGUGAAACACUGCGCCUCUACCCUCCAGGAUUCAGGUUUGCGAGAGACAUCGAUGAGGACUGUGUGGUGAACGGCCAGUUCCUCCCGAAAGGAGCAACACUGGAGAUCCCAGCCGGCUUCCUCCACCACGACCCCGAGCACUGGCCAGAGCCGGAGAGCUUCAUCCCUGAGCGAUUCACACCAGAGGCCAAGGCCAGUCGUCAUCCCUUCGUGUACCUGCCGUUCGGGGCCGGACCCCGCAACUGUGUGGGAAUGAGGCUCGCCCAACUGGAAAUGAAGAUGGCUUUAGUGCGUAUAUUCCGCAAGUUCAGCAUCGUGGCCUGCUCUGAGACCAAGGUUCCUCUUGAGUUGAAGUCUGCAAGCACUCUGGGACCUAAAAACGGCAUAUUUGUGAAAAUUGAAACAAGAGACACUGGAGAAGAUGAAGUGAGUUCUCCAGCCGAUAGUUAGACACUCGCAGAUCAUCAUCAAGGAUGUUAUAAACCUCUGAUGAACCGCUGCAAAGGACUCUGUGGUCCAUGUUGUGAGGAUGAGGCGAUGCAUCAUGGCCCUGUUCCUUUUACACAAACAUAUUUAAUAGUUAUCUUUAUUUGAUUGAAACAUUACAUUUUAAGUUACAGUUCACUGUAUUUCUUGACGAUUGUGCAUGUUUAGUGCCUUUCUUUUUGAUGAGUGAACUUUAAAGGGUUCUGAAGAUGAGCCGUGACUAAAAAGAGAGAUGAGCAAAUAAAGACGCACUUCAGAAUAAUCUUGGAAAAUGACCAACUAUUUUCUUUUCUUGCAGUAAUAUUUUUUUAUUGAUUUGUAAGUGCAUUUAAAUAUUGAAAUGCAUUAAAAGGUCUCUACAAAUUACUGCUGUUAAUUCCAGUCUUAGACAAUGUUGUCACAUUUCAUCUGCAUCUUUACUCCCUUCUGAGAGCUGCUAGUGUACAGUGUAUGUGGUUUGUUAAAGAUUGGGAAAUAAUCCUUACGGAGUCAGCAUUUAUCAAAUAACUUAGAAUAGUAAACAAGAUUGAGCUUGCUGUUUAGUUUCCCAGUGCAUAUUAUGUCCGGCUACAUGUCGUUGCAGUGAUGCUCCUGAAAUGAUGAUCAUGUUAUUUGGUAAAUCUUAUUUCAAAUUAAUUUGGAAUUAUUUGGAAGUUCACUGACUCGAAAAUUGCUGCCCUGAAUACCUUUUAAUUGUCUAUGUAAACAAUAAGAGCGAUUUGUUGAUGAUUAUAAACAUGUAUUUGAUGUAAUAACUUCACAUUUAGCCGCUCUGAUGAAAGGCACAGGGUUGCCUUUCUGAAUAAUGUACAUUUAAAAUGGGUUGAUGCCACUUGUGUGUAAUUAAAUAUUAACAUGCAUAGAGGA